UGCUAUGGAAUUGGAAUGGGAAUCAAGAUUAUUACGUAAGCAGCCAUGUAAUGAAUGUUGUCUUCCUCUUUCCCCCCACCUACAAAUUACUUCACCUUACUACAUACAAACAAAUCAGAAAUUCAAGUUGAAACUGAAAUCUAAGUGAAGAAAGAAAUGGGUUGGAGAGGAAUACUGGGUUUUGAGUAUGGAAUUGUGCAGGCACCUUUAGGACCUGAUAUUUCUGGUCCGGAGCUUGUCGCCGCUGUUGCUAACGCCGGUGCCAUUGGUAUUCUCCGAGCUCCUGAUUGGGAAUGCCCAGAUUACUUGAGGGAGCUUAUAAGGAAGACAAGAAGUUUGACAGACAAACCAUUUGGGGUCGGGAUUGUUUUGGCAUUCCCUCACAAAGAGAACCUAAAGAUUAUUCUGGAAGAGAAAGUUGCAAUCUUGCAGCUUUACUGGGGCGAAGUCACACAAGAUAUCGUCCUUGAAGCCCAUGAAGCCGGGGUCAAAGUUGUUCCCCAGAUUGGCAGCUUUGAAGAAGCCAAGCGUGCUGCUGAUGUAGGUGUUGAUGCUAUAAUUGUUCAAGGACAUGAAGCAGGAGGACACGUUAUCGGUCAUGAAGCAAUAAUUGCAUUGGUGCCACGUGUAGUGGAUCUGGUUGCCUCGAGGGGUAUUCCGGUAAUUGCUGCUGGUGGAAUAGUCGACGAAAGAGGCUAUGUUGCUGCUUUAGCACUUGGAGCUCAAGGCGUCUGUUUAGGCACCAGGUUUCUUGCGACUGAAGAAAGCUUUGCUCACCCAAUAUACAAAAGGAAGCUAGUUGAAAUGAAUGAAACAGAGUAUACGGAUGUGUUUGGACGUGCCAGGUGGCCGGGGGCCCCGCAGCGUGUACUUAAAACACCGUUUUUCAUGGAAUGGAGAAAUCUACCGAGUCAUGAGAAUGAGGCUAAUCAACCUGUUAUUGGCCAUACAACUAUACAUGGCAUGGAGAAAGAGAUUAGGCAAUUUGCGGGUACAGUUCCAAACAAGACAGCAAGAGGGGAUAUCGAAAGCAUGGUGAUGUAUGCAGGUGAAGGCGUAGGACUUAUACAUGAGAUUUUACCAGCUGCUCAAGUGGUAAACCGACUUGUUGAGGGCGCUCAGAUUUUGAUCCAACAAAACUUCACUUCUUAAACUUUACAAAUCGUCAACAGGCAUCUACUAAGAAAUUUUUUUGCAAAAUAAAAUAAAUGCUGUAAUACGAUCGAUCAUCAUGUAUGUUCCAUAUGAUAUAACCAUCUAUUUUGAA